AUGGCCGUGCUUCGCGUUUUCUUACUGGUGCUCUCUGUGCUCAUUGCCGCCGCGCAUGUGGUCUCCGCUACAGCGCCGAUAUUCGAAUCUGAUCCUGCGCGGGAUGUUGGCGUCUUGGCGGCGGACGACCUGUCCUCCCCAGUGGCAGUCAAAGAUGCGUCCAUCUUACCACUGAUGCAGGAGAUCCGACGGAUGCUCAAGGGGAAGGCGGUCAAGGUGAAGAUCGGGCCGAGUGAAAUGAAAGCCAUCGCUGAGGUUGGAAAGGAGCUUUCGAAGUAUUCUAAGAAGGAAUGGGAUAGGAUGGUGAAAGACAAAAAGAAGCAAGCGGAAAAGCUGGAGAAAGGGUGGGAGGAUACCAAGAAGGCAGCGAAUGAGGUGAAGCAGGGGUUUGAGAAGUGGGGAAGUCGGGCGGGCGGCACGCUGGCGGUGAUGCAGAGGGCAGUGGCCGCCCACUGCUGGAGGGCUGCCACGUGUAGCGCUCUCAUUGGCCGCCCACGGCCCCGACCUUCCACCCUGGCACAGCUGGUGCAGACGCUGUCAGAGCGCCAGGCCGCCCAGCGUCUGUCACAUCUGCGCGCGCUCAUCAGCCACGCCUCUGCCCUGCCUGUGGACCUGCGCCCAGAGAUCAAGACCCUGCGCCGCGCUGUGGCCCGCCUGGCAUCGCGCCUCAAGGCUGAUACCGCUGCAACUACUCCUCCUGCCACUCAAUCGCCUCCUCCCACCGCACCACCCACUGCAUCGCUGCUCACCGCACCCUCUCCCGCACGCACAGCGACGCCUCUGGCUGUAGCAAAAACUGUAGCGCCGUCAGGCAAAGCAGUUGCGACAGCACGUGGGGGAAUCGGCACCGCAGGUGCUGCCUCGGAACUGAAGGCGUCCGGGCUGAAAGGCUCUCGCAGUGCCAAGCGGAAGCUGGCAGCAGGCGGGGAAGGCAAGGCAGUGCGUGUGGGUAAGGGGAGAGCAGGAGCAGUGGCUGUUGGGGGUGCAGCAGAAGCGAGUGUGAGUGUUGCUCCCAGGGCUGCAUGCAGUGUGGCGACCAGUGGUACUGCCUCCGCUGCCACCGCUGUCGCUACCGCUGCCACAGUUGCCUCAGCUGGCGCUGGUGCCACGGCCGCAGCCACCAAGGGCAAGAGGAGCCCUCGCGCCCUGCACGCAGCGGCCCUGCAAGGAGGCAGCUGCAUGGCCGUGCCUGCUUGUGCUACAACCUGCCCCCGUGGCCCGACUGUAACAUACGAGCCUGCCCCCGCCUCCUGCAUCGCCUCACCGCUUCUGCCUGCCUGCUCCUCCCUUCCUCAACCCACCGAUCCAUCCCACAUGGCCUCUCGCCCUCUCUCCCCUUCACUCCCUGCCCCCCCGGCCACCUCCCCUGCUGCUGCUCCUCUGCCUGCACCGCUGGCAUCGCCAGCUGCCUGCCCGCCUACCCCAGGGGGUGAGGCAGGGGCAGGCGUGAGAGUGAGUGGGAAGAGGAGCAGGUCCGUGAGGAAGAGGAGGAGAGAGGGAGGGGAGGGGAGUGGUGGGGGAGGCGGUGAGGUGAGGGCGGGAGACAGCAGCGAUGGAGAUGGCGAUGGGGAUGGGUGUGCUGGCAGUGCGGGAAGUGCUGGUGGGGUGCAGCGCAGCAAGGCAGCAGCAGAAGAACAAGCUGCUGUGCUGCUAUCAGCUGACUCGACCGCCAAGGUUGCCAGCUCAGCAGCCAAGGUUGCUAGCUCAGCAGAAAAGGCUUGCUGCCUAGAAGGGAAGGGCGGUGAGGGUCAGAGGAGGAAAGGCAGGGGAGAUAGCCAAGAUAAGAGAAGUGGAGACAGGGUGCGGGCGAUUGAGAGUGGCAUGCCAGGCACACGCACAGCAGGCCAGGGGAAGAUGAGCCCUCGGCCACAUGAAAGCGCAACAGCAGGCCAGGGGAAGAUGAGCCCUCGGCCACAUGAAAGCGCAACAGCAGCGGCAGCAGAGGGUGUGACAGUUGGCAGUGUGUGGCAGCAUGGCAGAGCGAGUGAGAGUGAGAGUUUGGGGCGAGAGGGUGCAGCAGGUGGUGCAGAAGGUGGGAGCAGGGGAGGCGGGGUGGUGGAGGGAGGGGCGGGUAGAGGAAGGCGGUCGGUGCGCAGCACAGCAGGCCGGCACCCUGGCUUCGAUGGCUUCCUGCUGCUGCCCCGCAUCCGAUGA